GCCAGGGUGGACCGGGAAAAACGGGUUCGCCGUGCGAGCUUGAUCUUUGGGGAGUGAUCUCAUUGACGGGCGCUACGUCCGCCCGAAGGAGUCUCUGCUUAGCUGCUUGGUCAGUUCGAUGAUAGGUCCUUUGGAAGUCCCAUUCGGUCCCCUUUGGGAGGAGGGUUGAUCGGUGCGAACUACUGUAGUCGGGGUAGCUACUACUGAUUCGGUUGGUGGCGCUGGAGUCGGAUUCGAUCCGUUCAUCACCGCUAGAUUAUUCUUGGUUCUUGGGUUUUAUUUUACUCCCCAUCUCUCGCUGUUUCGUUCCUCUUCCAAUUUGCUUAUUUAUUUGGUUGAUGCUUGGAGCUUUGUGGUCGGUGGCAAAGAGGUGUGCCGUUAGAAAGUAUCGCUACCUCGACCUAGCCUGAAGCUUUGCUAGCAUUGUCAAUCUAUCGCCCUCGAGCUGAUAGGGAUUGCGCCGCGCGCAGUCUUUUUGAUAACCGACCUUUGCCCUUGACAUCAGUGCGGGAAAGGCAUAAGUCUUUUUAGGUGGAUUUGCCUCUCCCGGUGGAGCUGGCACCCGAAUCAAAGCGAACAUCUUCCCUCCCAUACAACUGAGCCAGCUCCUCGACCUUCCAGCGGCAAUAGCUUCGUUUUGUUUUUUCGCAGAUGAUAUCACCGCUCUCGCCAUGUCGGACGGAAACGUGACGGUAGCCUCCAACGUUCUCGGCACCAUUGGUACAGUGCUUUGGUGCAUCCAGUUGAUUCCUCAGAUCUGGUAUAAUUACCGCCGCAAAAAAACCGAUGGAUUCCCAGCGGCGAUGAUGCUAUUAUGGGCUAGUUGCUCCGUCCCGAUGGGGGCUUAUCUUAUCCUGCAGCAAGUCAAUAUUCCACUGCAAGUACAACCGCAGAUUUUCGGGUUCUUCUCCCUAGUCGGUUGGGGCCAGAUCCUAUACUAUAAUCAUAAUUUUGGCCGCACGAAAACAAUCUUGCUUUGUACUGCCAUCAUCCUAUUGUUUGGUGGUCUCGAAGCCCUUCUCAUCCUAACCUUGCGGAUUCCAUAUAACAAGGGCGUGACAUGGCCCGAUCUUGUGGUGGGAAUCGUUGCAGCAAUCCUGAUCAGUGCGGGUCUGAUUCCACCCUACUUUGAGUUGUGGAAGAGGGAUGGCCGUGUUAUUGGCUUCAAUUGGGUCUUUCUUGCCAUCGACACGCUCGGCGGGCUCUUUUCUCUGUUUGCCUUGGCCGCCCAAGGAACAUUCGACAUUCUGGGAGGGAUAAUGUAUAUUCUGGUUGUCGUCCUCGAGUCGGGCAUCUACCUGAGCCAUAUCAUAUGGCGGUUUCGGUACCGCCAACUUCGCAGGGAGGCAAAAGAAAGUGGAAGGAGUAUAGAUGACCUACUGGGCUUGACGAGCAAUGACACAGAAGAAAUCACAGACACUCAGACCCCUGCUGUUGAUCAAAGUCGAGAUGUGGAGAAACAAGGAGUUUGAAGGGUGGAAGGGAAGAUACUUGACUGCCAUGUCAAAAGCUUUGGCUGUAUCAAGAUCUCGCCAUGGGCCAUAAUUCAUUUUUUUAUCUCGAAAAUAGAAACUCCGUGUUCCCUUCGCUCCGUGUAAACCAUUUGGAAUUGCUUGGUGAAUUUUCUUCAUCGGUGGG